AAUAAGGAAGAAGAUCACAGAAGAGGAAAUCCACUAAGUAUUCUUACAACUGUCAAACAAAUCGUUCAUGGAUUUUUCCUUGUAAACAAACAGUAUUCGUCUUCUUCUUUCCCCGGAACUCCUCUUUCCCGGAAAUCCCUCACUUGAUUCCCAUAUUUUCCUCCUCAGUGGAAUCAAACCCUAACCCUAAUCGCCAUUCUCUCCGAUCGUUUCUGGGUCAGUCUCCGAUUUCGAAUCCGCCGGCGAAAUGUCCCACCUUGAUGCCCUCCCGUCGACUCCGGGCAAGUACAAGACCGAAAAAGCUCCUCCGUACGGCGUCUUCAGCCAACAACGCUUCCUCCGCCUCUCGAAACUCACGCUCUGGUCGUCUCUCUUCCUCGUGCUCUUCCUCUUCUACCUUGUUCUUUCGCCGCCGCCGUCUUCCUCCAGCCGGAAUCUCAACAAAUCCUCUUCCUCUGUGUCCCCCGCUACUUACGGCGGCUCCCAGUGGGAGAAGCAAGUCCGGAAAUCGGCGCGGCCGCGAUCACGCGGCGGUCUUACGGUUCUGGUCACCGGCGCCGCCGGAUUCGUCGGUACCCACGUGUCGAUUGCGCUCCACCGACGCGGCGAUGGCGUUUUAGGGCUCGACAACUUCAACCACUACUACGAUCCGAAGCUGAAACGCGCGCGGCAGGGGUUGCUGGAGCGGACCGGUGUGUUCGUCGUUGACGGCGACAUAAACGACGCUGUUUUGCUCCGGAAGCUCUUCGACGUCGUCCUCUUCACGCACGUAAUGCACUUGGCGGCUCAGGCCGGCGUGCGUUACGCGAUGCAGAACCCAGGUUCAUACGUCAAUAGCAACAUCGCCGGUCUCGUGAACCUUCUAGAAGUUUCGAAAUCGGCGAAUCCGCAGCCGGCGAUAGUCUGGGCAUCGUCUAGCUCCGUCUACGGCCUCAAUUCCAAAGUGCCCUUCUCGGAGAAAGACCGUACGGACCGGCCUGCGAGCUUGUACGCGGCGACGAAGAAGGCAGGUGAGGGAAUUGCCCAUACAUAUAACCAUAUCUAUGGAUUAUCGAUCACUGGGUUGAGGUUCUUCACUGUUUAUGGACCUUGGGGUAGACCAGACAUGGCGUAUUUCUUUUUCACCAAGGAUAUUCUCAAGGGCAAAACCAUUAACGUGUUUGAAUCGCCUGAUAAGGGUAGCGUAGCUAGGGAUUUCACCUACAUUGAUGAUAUUGUGAAGGGUUGUUUAGCUGCAUUAGAUACUGCACAGAAGAGUACAGGGGGUGGAGGCAAGAAGAAAGGUCCUGCCCAGUUUAGAAUCUACAAUUUGGGGAAUACCUCUCCGGUUCCUGUAACAAGGCUUGUGUCAAUUCUUGAGAAGCUCCUGAAAGUGAAAGCUAAGAAAAAGAUCACGCCUUUGCCGAGGAAUGGGGACGUUGAGUUCACUCACGCUAACAUCAGUUUGGCGCAGGCCGAGCUCGGGUAUAAACCCACGACCGAUCUCGAGACAGGCCUGAAGAAGUUUGUCAAAUGGUACUUGAAUUUCUACACCGGCUCAAAGAAGAAGAGUUCUUGGUGAGAUUCUGAAUCAGUGGAAGAGAUGUUUCUGGGUCUUAGUUAUGGUUCUGCUUCCCUUUCCUAAAAGGUUGUCUCAACAGAAGCUAUCAGACAUAUCUUCAUUGUUUUUGCAUUGGCACACUUUGCUUCAUUUUUUUUCUCAUGGGUUGGUAGAUUUUGAGCAUUGUACAGCUUUAUGAACGUGGGAAGACAUCGGUGUUUCAAUUGUUUGAACCCAGUCUUGUCGUUUUAGACCCAUCUCCAAUGAAUAAAUUAGCCAACUUUGCUGCAGUGCAGAUCA